AUGACUACUGAUAGUCAAGUGCAUGAUGCUACAAGGACUGUGGCAGCAACUAGUGUUGCCACAACGAGUUGUACGAAUGCUCUGCCGGCAAUGGCACCAGCGAAGAAACCCAAAAGAUUUACGGGUGUUGACUUCAAAAGCGCAACCAAUUUUGUGUUGAAGAUGAAAAGGGAGUAUCCAACUCCAAAAUCUGCCGCAGAUCAUCUUCUAGAAGCAAAAUCAUUGCAGGACGAUUUCGUAGGGGACAGCUUAAGUACUGACCCAAUGGCUCCAAAAACACCACAACCUGAGCAGGAAAAACUGACUGAGUAUUCGAGAAUCUGGGAUACCAUAUACGAUAGUCAGGCCUUGUGUGCCUUAACUGAGGAGCCUGCAGGAGCUGAUCUCAUUUUCGAUCAAGGAGACAAUAUCACGGGGAAGAUAUUCUGUGAAGAGGUUGCUCGAAUAUGUGUGGCAGCUCUGAAAAGCCCCUAUGCAUGUGACAAUACAUUUGAGGUUAAAAGUGUAAUUCCAUUUAGUGAGCCAUACACGGUGGAUCUAGAAAACCCUCCUCCAGAGAAAGAUUACAAUGAAUACUUCAAGACUCUGAAAGAUGACAUCCACUGGGAAAGAAAGCCUAGAGAAAACUCCUAUCCCUGUAUAAAAGACCUAGCUGGUAUGUUAUAUGCUUUCAUGACAUCAGCUUGAACUUCAAGUAUUCGACCCUUAACAAAGCCACAAGGUCAUUUGAUGAGGCCCACAAGCUUAGGCAAGGUGGAUUUGGCACGGUUUUCAUGACAUUAGCUUGAACUUCAAGUAUUCGACACUUAACAAAGCCGCAGGGUCAUUUGAUGAGGCCAACAAGCUUGGGCAAGGUGGAUUUGGCACGGUUUAUAAGGGUACGUAAUGGAUGAAGUUAGUGCAAUCAAUAUGUUGAAGGUUGUAAUGCAAUACCAGAAAUAUUCACAUUAAACUAUGUCGAAGGCGCAAUUUGUUGCAUAGUGUUUUGGCAGAUGGCAGAGAGACACUGUCAAAAGGCUGUUUUUCAACAACAAAUGCAGAGCUGCAGAUUUUUAUAACGAGGUUAACAUUAUUAGUGGCGUUGAGCACAAAAAUUUGGUACGGUUAUUAGGAUGCAGCUGCUUAGGACCGGAAAGCCUUCUUGUAUACGAGUUCCUCCCUAACCAGAAUCUUCACAUUUUAUUUAAAUUAUUGUUGUGUCCAGUAUAACCCAUCUAUUAAAUUGUAAAUUUUCGUUAUUUGUAUUCAUCGUUUGAGGCAAACGUAUGAAGAAUACAUAUACUUUCAUCGUUGGGCUCAUGCA